AUCAUCCUCAACGUUGCUUAAUCUAAUCACUGAACUCAAUUCCAUCCACCAAUUCUCCAUCCACCGAUUCAAUAAACCAGCAACCAGCAAUAAAUCUCUCCUCACUCCAGCAGACAGAAAAGGAACCAUGUCCACCCGCAGCCUGACUCUCACCAAGCUCCCCCCGCGCUCCUCCUCCCUCCACCACCUCUCUCAAUCCCGCCCAUCCUUCCUCCGUCUCCGGCCGCUGUCAACAGCAACAGCAACAAUCCCCCUACGACUCACCCAUCCCCCAAGAACCCAAAAGCCCACCCUCCCCAUCCGCCUCCUCCCUCGCGCCCACCCAACCCCCCAAGGCAGAAGACCCUACACAACCGGCAAAUCCACCAGCGACAUCAUCGUCGAAGAGCUGCAGGAUCUCUACGAGACAGCAAAAGACGAAUUCGAAAUCGCCACCGAAAGCACGGAUGCGGCCACGAUCUACGCGGCCUCGGACCGGGAGGCGGCGCGCGACGCGCUGAACGAGCUGCUGGCGGUGUACACGCUGUACACGCGGGACGUGUCGCUGCUGGACGCGGCGGGGCGGUCCGGGGUGGAGAAGCUGCUGGGCGCGGAGGGCGGGGAGGAGGUGCGGAUCGACACCGGGUUGAAUCCGCAGGGGAUUGAGGAUGAGGUGCGGCAGGAGGUGCGGCGGAGGGUUGGGCAGCGGGUGCGGGAGUUGAAGGCGGCGGUUGAGGGGUUGGAGGAGAGGGCGGGGGAGGAAUAAAUAUAUCAGGAAAGGUUACUAGUUAUACUAUGAUGCUAUGGGUUGAUUGUUAUGGGGUACGGGGGUGGAUUUCAUCAACGUUUUUCCUAUAUCCAUUCUAGAAUACAUCCUGAACGUUCAGAAGUUCAACCUUCAAUGUAUAUACUGUGGGGUAUCGUAUCAAUAUUCUGUAAAA